GGCGCGUGCGCGAGCGGUGCAGCACCGGCCGCGGGAGCCGGGAGUAUUAUGGGCUGUGGGUGCCGCCGAACAAGAUGGAGCUGUCUGCCGUGGGCGAGCGGGUCUUCGCGGCCGAGUCCAUCAUCAAGCGGCGGGUCCGCAAGGGACGCAUCGAGUACCUGGUGAAAUGGAAGGGGUGGGCGAUCAAGUACAGCACCUGGGAGCCCGAGGAGAACAUUCUGGACGCGCGGCUCAUCGCGGCCUUCGAGCAGAAGGAGCGGGAACGUGAGCUGUAUGGGCCCAAGAAGAGGGGACCCAAGCCCAAAACUUUCCUCCUGAAGGCCCGGGCCCAGGCCGAGGCCCUCCGCAUCAGUGAUGUGCAUUUCUCUGUCAAGCCGAGCGCCAGCGCCUCCUCGCCCAAGCUGCACUCCAGCGCCGCUGUGCACCGGCUCAAGAAGGACAUCCGCCGCUGCCACCGCAUGUCCCGCCGGCCCCUGCCGCGCCCGGACCCGCAGGGGGGCAGCCCGGGCCUGCGCCCGCCCAUCUCGCCCUUCUCGGAGACCGUGCGCAUCAUCAACCGCAAGGUGAAGCCCCGCGAGCCCAAGCGCAGCCGCGUCAUCCUCAACCUGAAGCAGGAGCUCCCAGCCCGAGUGAACCUGUCCACUGCACCAGCCUCAGCCCCUGUGAUGCCCACAGCCCUGAAUUCCAAGAUGGACGAACUUGAGGGCCAGCUGCUGGCCAAGGUGCUGGCCCUAGAGAAGGAGCGUGCGGCCCUCAGUCACGGCAGCCAGCAGCAGCGGCAGGAGGUGGAGAAGGAGCUGGAUGUCCUGCAGGGCCGCGUGGCCGAGCUGGAGCAUGGCUCCUCGGCCUACAGCCCCCCGGACGCCUUCAAGGUCAGCAUCCCAAUCCGCAACAACUACAUGUACGCGCGCGUGCGCAAGGCGCUGCCCGAGCUCUACGCCUUCACCGUGUGCAUGUGGCUGCGAUCGAGGUCAGGUGGCACUGGCCAGGGCACACCCUUCUCCUACUCCGUGCCGGGACAGGCUAACGAGAUCGUCCUGCUGGAGGCUGGCCAUGAGCCCUUGGAGCUGCUGAUCAAUGACAAGGUGGCCCAGCUGCCCCUGAGCCUGAAGGACAGCAACUGGCACCACAUCUGCAUCUCCUGGACCACAAGGGACGGCCUGUGGUCUGCGUACCAGGAUGGAGAGCUGCGGGGUUCUGGCGAGAACCUGGCGGCCUGGCACCCCAUCAAGCCUCAUGGGGUCCUCAUUCUAGGCCAGGAGCAGGAUACCCUGGGGGGCCGGUUUGAUGCCACCCAGGCCUUCGUUGGUGACAUUACCCAGUUUAACCUGUGGGACCACGCCCUGACACCCGCCCAGGUCGUAGGCCUCGCCAACUGCACUGGGCCGCUGCCGGGCAACGUCCUCCCCUGGGAGGACAAGCUGGUGGAGGCCUUCGGUGGGGCCACCAAAACCCCCUUCAACGUGUGCAAGGCGAGGGCCAAGGCAUGAGG